AUGCCGAUAUGCGAAUGCGCAGAUCUCCAGGGAAACAAUAUUACGGUAAUCUUCAAAACGGAUUUCGAGGAUAUGGCGACGCUUCGAUUAUUACAACUCUCCAAUAAUCAAAUACACACCAUUGAGCGAGGAGCGUUUAAAGAUUUGGUUACCGUGGAAAGACUCAGGCUAAAUAAUAAUCAUAUUCGCUUCCUGCCAGAUUUGCUCUUCAGCAAUAUGAUGAAUCUGAAGCGACUAGACCUCAGUCACAAUCAUAUUUCAAUGAUUGGUCCAAAAACGCUCCGAGGAAUACCGAUGUUAAAGCAUUUAUUAUUAGACGACAACGCAUUAAGCUGCAUCGACGAGGCUGCCAUUCGCGAACUAAAGGAAUUGGAAAUCCUAACACUCAACAAUAACAAGCUAACGACGCUUGGGAAAGAUAUUUUCACUGGCUUGGAACAUUUUCGCAUCCUCAAACUGUCCGAUAAUUCGUUCAUAUGUGACUGUCACUUGGCGUGGCUUUCGCGAACUUUAAAAACUUUCUCCCGACUAGGACAAAACACACGCUGCUCGUCACCGGCGCAUUUAAAAGAACAGAAUCUCGUGGAUUUGCAGGAACACGACUUCAAGUGCUCGAUACUGGUGGAGAAGCCGAGUUCCGAGUGCAGCAGCGAGCCCGAGUGCCCGCAUCCGUGCAGAUGCUCCGAUGGGAUCGUCGAUUGCCGAGAGAAUUCUCUGACGAAAGUGCCGACUUACCUUCCCCAGGACACCAUCGAGCUGCGACUCGAGCAGAACGGCAUCACCGAGAUUCCCACCAAGGCCUUCUCACCUUACAGGAAGCUGCGAAGAAUCGAUUUAAGCAACAAUAAGAUCCGUAAGGUGGCCGCUGAUGCCUUCCACGGUCUCAAGUUCCUCGAAUCACUCGUGCUGUAUGGUAAUAAAAUUACCGAGCUGCCCAACGGAAUUUUCCAAGGCCUAACGAAUUUGCAGCUUCUAUUAUUAAAUGCCAACGAAAUAUCGUGCAUACGCACGGACUUAUUUCGCGAUCUUACGAACCUAGCGCUUUUAUCACUUUACGACAACAACAUCAAGUCUCUGAGUAACGGAACAUUCGCCAAUCUCCGGAACAUCAAAACCCUGCACCUGGCGAGGAACCCCUUCAUUUGCGACUGCAAUCUACGUUGGCUAAGCGAGUACCUGCACAAGAACCCGAUCGAGACGUCGGGCGCGAGGUGCGAGUCCCCCAAGAGGGCCGGUAAACGGCGCAUCGACAACAUGCGGGACGAAAAAUUCAAAUGUAAGGGUGACGAAGAAGUUUUGACGAAACGUGCGGGCGAAUGCAUUUUACCAGGACCCUGCCCUUCAACUUGCAUCUGCAACGGAGCUACCAUAGAUUGCUCAAAUAAAAAACUGACGUCCAUUCCCAAGGAUCUGCCUCUUUACACAUCAACAUUAUUACUGAAAAAUAAUGCGAUUGAUAAAAUCAAGGCUGAAGGGAUUUUUGAAAAACUCCCGGAGCUCCAGCACUUGGAUCUUAGGGGCAACAAGAUUUCACGCAUAGAAGCGUCGGCGUUCGAUGGAGCGCAGAAAUUGACAGACAUCCUUUUGUCCGAUAACAAGCUCCGAGAAGUACACACGAAGAUGUUCAACGGCUUAACGAGCCUCAAAAGCCUGAAUCUCCAGGGUAACGCGAUCACAUGCAUGAUGCCAGGCUCCUUCGACAAUUUGCCGCACUUGCAUUCUAUAAACAUCCAGGGCAAUCCGCUGUCGUGCAACUGUCACUUGUCCUGGCUCGCCGAGUGGCUAAAGAAGCGCGAAACCGUCACGCUCAGCGGACAUUGCCACGACCCGCCGCGACUCAAGGAUGCGGCUAUCAACGACAUUCCACGCCACGAGUUCAAGUGUAACAGCGACAGUGUCGGUUGCCUCGGGGACGACUACUGCCCCCCGCAAUGCAGCUGCGCUGGUUCGGUGGUCCGCUGCUCCCGCUCGAGGCUGACGGAGAUUCCGCGUGGCAUCCCGCCGGAGACGACGGAGCUCUACCUCGACGUAAACGACAUCAAGACAAUCCAGCCGGAGCGGCUCGCCCACCUCGGCAUCCUCACCAGGCUGGACUUGAGCAACAACCAGAUUGGAAUGCUAUCCAAUAACACAUUCAGGAACCUUACGAAGCUGGCGCAUCUGAUCAUCAGCUACAAUAAGCUCCAGUGCGUGCAGCGCGGGGCGUUGGCCGGCCUCAAAUCGCUCCGCAUCCUAUCGCUGCAUGGCAACGACAUAUCGGUCAUACCCGAGGGCGCCUUCGAGGAUCUGAAAUCCGUCACACACGUCGCCCUUGGCUCGAACCCAUUGUACUGCGACUGCAACAUGCGCUGGUUGGCCGAAUGGGUGAAACGGGACUACAUGGAGCCGGGGAUCGCCCGGUGCGCCGAGCCCGCCUCCAUGAAGGACAAGCUACUCCUCACCACGCUCGUCAGCUCCUUCCAGUGCAAAACCAAACAACAGCCAGCCGAGGUAUUGGCGAAAUGCAACGUGUGCUAUACCACGCCCUGCCAAAACGGAGGACUAUGCGAGGCGCUACCGGACAAACAGUUUCGUUGCAAAUGCGCGCCAGGAUAUCACGGGGACCGGUGUCAAUAUAAAAUUGACGCGUGCUAUGGAAAUCCUUGCCGGAACGCCGGAACUUGCAAAGUACUGGAGGAAGGAAGAUUCAGUUGCAACUGCACACCCGGAUACGAAGGACUCAGAUGCGAGAACAACGUCAACGACUGCGCGAGCCACAAGUGCGUCAACAACGCCACCUGCGUCGACCUCGUCGAGGCCUACCAUUGCGACUGCCUACCAGGAUUUACCGGCCAGUACUGCGAGGCAAAAAUACCCUUUUGCACAAAGGAACACAAUCCUUGCAAGAACGGAGGCAGAUGCGUCGACCACCAGAGCCACUAUAGCUGCGAGUGCCCGAGCGGUUUCGCCGGUGCCAAUUGCACUGACAACCUGGAUGACUGCGAUAAUAAUCUGUGCCAGAAUGGUGCUACCUGCAUCGAUGGCAUAAAUAAUUACGAGUGUAAGUGUGCACCAGAUUAUACAGGGAGGUACUGCGAAGUUGCACCAUCAACUGCCUUACUAUACCCUCAAACUAGUCCGUGUGCUCAUCACGACUGCCAACAUGGUGCUUGCUUCCUACCAUCGCCGGGAUCUGGAGCAGACUACUUGUGCCAAUGCCAUCCUGGUUAUACUGGCAAGCGGUGUGAGUACAUGACGAGUCUGAGCUUUAUCGAUAACAACUCGCUGGUCGAGUUAGAGCCACUUCGCACACGGCCCGAGGCAAACGUGACGAUUAUUUUUACAACGAGCCAGGAGAACGGAGUAUUGCUUUAUGAUGGGCAGAGCGGGGAGCACUUGGCCGUCGAGCUCUUCAACGGUCGCGUGCGCGUCUCGUACGACGUCGGCAAUUACCCGACCUCGACCAUGUACAGCUACGAGCAGGUGUCGGAUGGCAAGCCGCACAUGGCCGAGCUCAUUGCCGUCAAGAAGAAUUUCACCAUGAGGAUCGACCGGGGCGUCGCGAGGAGCAUCAUCAACGAGGGUCCCAAAGAGUACCUUAAGCUCACCAAGCCCAUGUACGUCGGGGGCGUUGCCACGGAGACUGCCGCUGUCGCCUUCACCGAAUUCCAUUUGCGGAACAUUACGAGUUUUCGGGGUUGCAUUUCGGAAAUGUGGAUUAAUCACAAGCUGGUCGACUUCAGCAACGCGGCGAAGAUGAACGCCGUGGCGCCAGGAUGCGGCACCGAGUCCGAUGAGGAAGCCGACGAGGCUAAGAAGGGCACCGAGGCCGCAGCUACCGACGCCGAUGCCAAUGCCGACAGCAUGCAAGUCGACAAUGCCGACCAGCUGGUACCGCCGCAGCAGCACGUCGUUCACGAACAUUCCGAUUUUGCAGUAUUAUCCAGUUCAAGUAACAUCGAUCCCUGCAUGAGACACGAGUGCAAAAAAGGCUCGACGUGCGAGGCAGCGCCAUUCGGAACUGGCUACACGUGUAAAUGUCAAAUUGGCUGGCAAGGACGAUACUGCGAAAAACCACCGACCUGCCGAAAGGAGCACAUCCGCGAAUACUACACCGUGAGGUUUUAUUGGGACAAUAUCGAAAUUGCCUCAGAACGUGUUUUCAAGACUUAA